AUGGCUAUUGAUGACGAAAUCGAGCAUAUUGAUGUGGACUCAAACAAAGAGUCCACCAUUGACUCGAGCAGUCCCUUGUACAUGCAUCCAUCUGACAAUCCUGGUACGAUGUUAGUACCAGUUCCUUUCAAUAGAAUUGGAUGCAGGUCCUGGAGACGAAGUGUAUUGCGUGUGUUGUCUGUUAAAAAUAAAUUAGGGUUUAUUAAUGGAGACUGUAAGAAACCAUAUCUGGAGUUUCCAAAGUAUAGACUAUGGGAGAGAUGUGAUGAUAUGGUCACCUCAUGGAUUUUAAAUUUUUUGGGGAAGGAAAUUACUAAUAGUGUGGAGUAUGUCAAUGAUUUUGUUAAGCUGUGGAAAGAGUUGGAGGAUCGUUAUGAUCAGACAAAUGGUGCAAAACUAUAUCAAAUUCAAAAGGAGAUAAAUGAUUUGUCACAAGGAGCACUAGAUAUUACUGGUUACUACACCAAAAUGAAGAAAUUAUGGGAAGAGUUCAACGCCUUAAGUGCAAAAACUUAG